AUGCUUUUGUACUGUACUGGGCUCUAUUGCGCACCUUCUUUCAUGCUCUUCCAAAUACAGGCAAAGCAGUUGUUACCCGAAAAUCGUACUGUCCAUUUUAAUAUAGUUUUAACCGUUUCGUUUCGUCAAUUGAAAAAAUAUACAAUCUGUGACACUCUCCAUAUAAUUUUGACUAUCUUCUCUCAUUCUUCUCCUCCCAACCGCCUACGCUUUCCACUGUUUCCGCCCAUGUUGAACGAAUGGUACCCGAAGUACCACAGUCCCGUUCUCCACACUCUCAACUGUCGUCCCCUUCACGUGUGCAUCGCGUCCGAAAACGGCCCUGAGCGAGUACACGAAGUCCUCUCCGCUCUUUUUUCCCUUCUUAGCGCUGUGUCUCACAGCCGUGACGAACAGCUUUUGUCCAUCAACCUUGACGCGCACGUCCUCCUCGUUCGCGCCGGACAGGUCAACGGCAAGGUAGGCUGCAUCGCCCAUCGCCUGGUACAUGUGUUCCACCUGCAAGGCGCGGCCGGGGUGGGCGAAGGCGCCCGGCGACGGAGAGGAAAUCAUCACUUCGCCUCUCGUCGGGCGCAGGUGGUGGUUCGCGGUGGGGAAGAGUGA